AUGUCUAAGCAGCCAUUAUUGUGGCAAUUAUUCAUUUAUCGAUUAGGUAAAUUUUUCAAAACGCGAUUUUUACUAGCAUUAUUCGGUCUUAUAUUAAUUUUAUCAUUUAUAUAUUUACAAAAUUUCAAUUAUCAUCAUUCUUAUUCUGAUUCUAAUCAAUUAAAACAAUCUCAGUUAGUGAAUAGUAAAGUGAAGAGUGGUGAAGUUGAUUAUCAUCCAAUUAAUUGUGAUUGGUCCGAUCAUGAUUUUCUUCUAAAAUAUAAACGUCACCAGCAACUUGUUGGCGAUGCUGAACGUGCUCGUCCAACUCUGUCUCGUUUAAAAUCAUUAAUUUCCAUUCUCAUUUCGCAUGAAGAUAAAUUUCAUUCUAUAUUUGAGUAUUUUGGUAUAUUUCGUUUCAAUAACAUUUAUACGUUUAAACCGUUUGCUAAUGAUACGUCAAUUUUAAAUGAAAUAUUAUGUUUAUUGAACAAGUAUAUAACCGUGUCGGAUAAUGGUCACAUUGAUAUCCGUCCAGAAUUACUUAUAUACUUGAAACAAGUAUCAAUUUAUUUAUCAGAUGGUUUCAAACAUUUUAAAACUCAAUGGAAUUUAACAAAGUCGAAAAAUUAUCGAAAACCAGUGGUAGUAGUAGCGGCAAAUGCAAGAUUUUACGAUACAUUACAAGCAUCAAUGCGCACCAUUCAUAAAUUCCUAAAAACAUAUCACGUUGUUGUUUAUGAUUUGGGAUUUGCGUCAGAACAACAUGAAAUAAUAAAAGAAAAUUGUGAAAGUCAUGGUAAUCGAUGUACGAUGAUCAAAUUUCCAUUUGAUAUUAUUGAACCAAUAUCUCCGCAUAUUCGAGCUUUAGAAAAUUUUGCAUGGAAACCAUUGGUUAUUCAGGUGCGAACUGUUCAAAACACAGAACUACCGAAUUGA